GUACUCUACAUAAACGGUAAAAAAACAAAAAGGGCUUAGAAAAAGAGAGUAACACCAGAAAGCAAAGAGCUUUGAAGAACCCCAAAUUCAAAGGUACUCAAUUUCAUCUGACUAGCUCUGACCCCAUUUCUUCAAACCAAAGAAUCAUCACACCAAAUCCAAAAAUCUCCCUAUAAAUUACCCUUCUCACAUAUAUAUAAAGUUUACUUCUCUUAUCACUCUUUCCUCUUUUAUCAUUUACCUUUUUAAACUUUCUAGAUAUCUGCAAAACCCUUAAUUUGAAUUCCUCACUAACCCAUGUAUUUAUAUCACCUUAUGUAACCCACAUGCCCAAAACUUUAGCUACACACAACCCUAAUAAAUUUUUGUUGAAGGAUCGAUGAGUUAAUUCUUUCUUUAUUGUUUUGAUCUUCUCAGUGUGUUUCUUAGAGAAAGUGAUUAUGUGUUUAAUAGGUUUGUUGGGAGAUGUGUCAGUAACAUCAAGAAGACGAACAACAAUUCAAAACCGUAUUAAAUGUUGUCUUUUUGAUCACUCAAGAAGAAAACAACAAGACAGCAGAUGUUUUCAUCAUUCUUCACACCAAGUUUCGUCCAAGUCUGAUACGAUGUUCUCCUCUAGCUUUCUCAGAUUGAUUCUUUUACUUUGUCUCCUCUCUUCUUCCUUCUCCUCCACCGCUUCUUCCUCCAAUUACACUGCUGCUGAUCAAACUCUCCGGCCACAAGAAGAGCUCCAGAAGCUAAAACUGAUUAGACAAGAGCUCGACAAGAUCAACAAGCCGGCUGUGAAAACUAUUCAGAGCCCAGAUGGAGAUGUAAUAGAUUGUGUUUCGACUCAUCAGCAACCAGCUUUCGAUCAUCCUCUCUUACAAGGACAGAGACCAAUGGAUCCGCCUGAGAUCCCCGAAGGUUAUAAAAAAGAUGAUGAAUCGUGUGAAGAAGAUUCCCAGCUGUGGAGUUUAUCCGGUGAGUCUUGUCCGGAAGGUACGAUUCCGAUACGAAGAACAACGGAACAAGACAUGUUAAGAGCAAGUUCUGUCAGUAGAUUUGGUCGGAAAAUCAGGCGCGUGAGGAGAGAUUCCACUAAUAACGGACACGAACAUGCGGUGGGAUAUGUAACCGGGAGACAAUACUACGGAGCAAAAGCAAGUAUUAACGUGUGGUCGCCACGUGUUGCGAGCCAAUACGAAUUUAGUCUUUCUCAGAUUUGGGUUAUUGCCGGUUCGUUCACUCACGAUCUUAAUACCAUUGAAGCCGGUUGGCAAAUUAGCCCGGAGUUGUAUGGGGAUACUUACCCAAGAUUCUUUACUUAUUGGACGUCCGAUGCAUAUCGAACAACGGGUUGCUACAAUUUGUUGUGUUCCGGUUUCGUUCAAACCAACCGUCGAAUCGCGAUUGGAGCUGCGAUUUCUCCUAGAUCUUCGUAUAAAGGUGGACAAUUCGAUAUAAGCUUGUUAAUUUGGAAGGAUCCUAAGCACGGUCACUGGUGGCUACAAUUCGGGUCAGGUGCAUUAGUCGGAUAUUGGCCUGCGUUUCUAUUCACGCAUCUAAAGCAACAUGGGAGCAUGGUCCAAUUCGGCGGCGAGAUUGUGAACAACCGACCCGGUGGUUCACACACUACGACCCAAAUGGGAAGUGGCCAUUUUGCCGGUGAAGGUUUUGGUAAAGCAUCUUAUUUCCGGAAUCUCCAAAUCGUUGAUUGGGACAAUACUCUUAUUCCCGUUUCGAAUCUAAAGAUUCUCGCAGAUCAUCCCAAUUGUUAUGAUAUAAGAGGUGGGACGAAUCGUGUGUGGGGUAACUAUUUUUAUUAUGGAGGUCCAGGAAAAAACCCUAGAUGUCCAUGAAGUAUCAAGAAAACAAAAGAAAAAAGGUUAUUGAUUAUUAUUCUUACAUGUAGUGCAAAUGAAUUUUGGGAUUGAGGGAGAUUAGGAAUUUACAUUGCCGCUAGGUGUUUUGCAAAUAUCAUGUAGAUGAGUUUUUUUUUACCAUAACAAUAUCACCACGAGCGAACAAUUUUUUUUUUUUUUUGUUGUUAAAAAUUAUCAGUAUAAAGUUUGGUAGUGUUAUACUUGUUUUUUAGUUUUAUUCUUUGUUGUUUUUGAAUGUAUGAUGGCAUUACGGGUUUUUGUAAUGUUUAUAUUGAUUAGUGUUACCAGUGUGAGAUCGAGAUCGUGUUGCUAUGUUAUGUCGUAUAUGGUUCUGAA